AUGAGUGAGAGAGAGAAAGGUGAUCAUGGGAAGAAUCCUGGCAAAUCAAGUGAAGAACUUGACAUUCUUCAAAGAAGUAAUAAGAGGAAUAAAGGUGAGGGAGAUCAGUUUUCAAAUGAUGUAUCUAUGAUACCUAGACAUGAAGGUUGGAUGGAAGAUGAGAAUGGCCAACGUUCAACCUGGAGGGAAAUUCUGAUGCGUCAUAAUGGAGAAGAUGAUGAAUGGGAAGGAGAGGCGUCUGCCGAGGAAGACUUAGAUGGGGAGGAACCUGCUGAGGAAGAGGAUGUCAACCAUGGAGGAAUUAAGAUGUGGGAGGAAGAUUAUGGGUGUACUUAUUUUAGUUGCACCAAAAGAGCAAGGAAGAGAAUGAGGAAACCUUGGGAGAAAGCUCUGAUUGUUAAACUCCUUGGGAAGAAAAUUAGGGUGGAGUUUAUGAAGAAAAAAAUAAAUGUCUUAUGGGCUAGAAAAGGCAAAAUCAAUGUCACUGAUAUUGGUAAUGACUUUUUCGUAGUCCAGUUUAGUGAGAAGGAUGAUCUCAAUUUUGCGUUGAACGGUGGUCCAUGGAUUGUUUUGGGUCAUUAUUUAUCGUUGAGGAAGUGGGAACCAACUUUCAGACCUAAUAGUGCUGGAAUUGCUAAGAUUGCUGCUUGGAUUCGUCUACCGGAUAUUCCCAUUGAAUUCUAUGAUGAAGCUUUUUUUAGAAGGAUUGGAAACUGGUUAGGCAAGAUGAUCAAGGUAGACAGCAAUACAAAUGCUCAUGUAAGAGGACGGUUUGCAAGAAUAUGUGUGGAACUGGACCUAUCUCAGCCAUUAAAGGGUGAUUAUGUGCUGGAAGGAUUUACCAAACAAAUUGAGUAUGAAGGAUUAGGGCUCAUUUGUUUUGGUUGUGGGAAAUAUGGACAUAGCACCGAGAAUUGUUCAGCUGCUCCAAAGCAACGCAGUUCAUCCGAUAUUCAUAAUGACGAUCAAAUUCAUCAAGAGGAACCUGGCAACUCAGAAUUCCAUCGAAGCAAAGGAUUGGGACCUUGGAUGGUUGUUAACCGUCAACGCAGGAGCCGGCAACCUCCUCAGACGACCGGUGCAGUCCAGCCAGGCGCUGAUAAUCAUGGUGAUAAGGAGGAAAUUACGCAAUCACGGUUUGCAAUCUUAACAGCUGGACCUAUUAAUGAGGAGGAUCAUAAUCAAAUAAUUAAUUCUGUUACUCCUCAUAUGGGGGCCCCUCAGUUUGAAAUUCCUCAGAAAAUAUGGACUAAAUCCAAAAAGUCCAAAGAUACCCCUAGGACUAAAUCAACGGUUCCUACUAUGCAUGCGGCUCGUUCUUCAAGCACGGGUAAGAGGUGUCCAGUCCAGAGUGAAAAUCGUGAAAAUCGUACUCCCGUUCCACCAUCUCCAUCAAUUGCUACUCCCAUGGCGGUUAGUCCUAUGCAAGCAAAUCAACAUGAUCAGGAAAAUGGGAUGAAAGCAGAUAGCACUUUGAACCAGAAUCAAGAGCAGUUAUAUGACACAUUUCAUAAAACUGGUCCUGAUAUAUCAGUUGACAACAGCAGCGACAUCCAAAAUCCUGAAACCUCAACCAUCUCUACGUGCAUGGAGGUGGACAGAGUUCACCAGGAAGAUAUUUCAAGAAUGAAGGAUGCAAGAACCUUGGAGGGAGCAGUGAAACCCCAUUUUCAAAAAUCGCUUUUUCUGUUUACUAGGAAAUAUAAGCCUAGUAUUGUAGUGAUUCUAGAACCUCGGUGUAGUGGUCAAAAAGCUUCUGACAUUAUCCGAAAAUCUGGGUUUAAGCAUGCUUUUGUUCAAGAGGCAGAAGGUUACUCAGGGGGUAUUUGGAUCCUCUGGAAUGAUGAGACUGAUCUCGUUGAAAUUCUGCUGGAUCUUGGAGGAUCAGGUCCUUGGUUUACAUGGAAGGGUCCGAAGUUUCUUCAUCUUGAUCGUGUUUUUAAGAGGCUGGACCGAGCCUGUGCUAAUGCAAGUUGGAAGACUACCUUUACUGAUGCUGGCGUUAAGGUACUUCCACGGAUUUAUUCUGAUUAUAGUCUCAUUUUGGUCUACUUGUCUAACUUGGACACAGGUUGGAAAAAUCGUCCCUUUCACUUUGAGAUUGCUUGGAUGGAGCAUUAUAACUUUACUCAGUUUCUGGCUAGGAGCUGGAAUGUUGUGAAAGACACUAGAACGAAUCUGCAUGAUCUGACUCCAAAUUUAAAAAGAUGGAACAAGAUAGUCUUUGGCAACAUUUCCAAUAGGAAGACUAACCUAUUGCAUAGUAUUGCAGAAAUUCAGAAUCAUGUUGAUUAUCAUACCAACUUAUCUCUCCAAUCUAGAGAAAAGGAGGUUAGGAAGGACCUUGAUGCGGUUCUCAUACAAGAAGAGAUCUUAUGA